AUGGCUUUCGGUUUUGGAAACGCGAGCAAUGCCAUGAUGGGCGCACCUUCCGCUGGCGGGGUGGGGGGGUUGUCGCAAGGAAGCGAUCUCGAGGUUAUCCAGACAGAGUGGAGUGUUAAUUUGUAUAUACAGGGUCUUGGAUUUCUCUCUCUCGCCGGCGAUUCAAAGGUUCAGUUGACCUCAAAAUGGCAGCCUGCUCCAGCCCCAACGGCAUCCCUUCUUAGCAUUGCCCCUCGAAAGGGUCUGGUUGCUGCGGCCAGCCCAGAUGCGGUACACAUCGCCACAACCGAGUCUGUACGGAAAGCGUUCGAGGGCCCUAAGAAUGGCGAUAGCGACGUCCGACCGUUCACACCCCAGGCCAAGGUGCCGCUUGGCAUCAGGAUCUCACAGUUAGCCUUCACCGUGGAUGAACAAUUCCUCAUUCUUUCCGCCGAGUCGGGCGGUGGUCUUGCUGUCUACAAUACCGACACGCUUACACAAGGCGGCACGCAAUCCGCCUUCGAAAUACCUACAAAUUCGGAAUCUCUCAGGGCUCUGGUUCCAAAUCCUUCACCGGAUCUCUCGCACUUCGUCGCCAUCGUGACGGACAAAGGCAACCUCUUGAUGGCGAACCUUGCGGAGAAGAAGCUUGUAUCGGGCGCGAAUGGGCCAGUACUUCGUUCUGUGGAAAAGGCACAUAUUCCAAAGUCCCCCAGUGUUGGAGAUUACCAUGUUGCCUCGUUGGCCUGGAUUGAGAACCACGUGUUCCUUGCUGUUUACAACCAGACAAAUGGUCAAGAUCCAUCUGUUUUCAACCUAAUCACCCGCCAUCAACCACCAGGAGGAACACCUACGUUCACCUAUCAGAAGAUCACUGACCCGGUAGAGCCUUUUGUGGCCGACAAGACACCACACCACACUAUCCUCAGGCUGAAGGAUUUCCCCCCAAAUCUCGACGAGUGUUUGCUGGUUGCGUCAACGGCCAAUGAAGGCAUUGGUUUAUUGACACGCUCCAAGACCCCCUUGACACAGGACAAGGAUGCGGACAAGAUCACAAAUGUGUUCACAACAACUGAGUUUGCUGACGAUUCUAAGCGUGCUCAGCUCCCUAUGGGCGAGGACCUGACCGAUACGUUUCCUAUCGGAGCGACGCUCGACCUGUCCAGCAAGGAAAAGGUUUACAAGCCCAUCCCGACGGACGAAAUCGAGAACUCUCCCGGGCCUCUCCCUGGCCUGUGGGUGCUCAAUAAUGAAGGCGUGCUUGUGUCCUGGUGGGUUGUCUAUAACGAAUCUAUUCGGGCCGGGACAACGUAUCCGGGCAUCGUAGGAGGGUCUGCCGCUCAGGCAAUCACACCAGCGGCCCCAGCUAGCUCUGGCGUCUCUGCCUUUGGGUCUCCUGCCGUUGCUAGCUCUGGAGCUUCUGCUUUUGGGUCCCCUGCCCUUGCCAGCCCUGGAGUCUCUGCCUUUGGCAAACCCUCUCCUGCUCCAGCUUUCGGGACACCGUCCUCUCCCGCGGCAUUCGGUGGUUCCUCUGCUUUGGGAGCCAAGGCUUCACCCUGGGCUACCGCAUCAGGUACAUCUGCUGCCCCAGCGUUUGGUUCCAGCGCGUUCGGUAGUAAACCAGCUGCUGCUGUACCUGCGUUUGGUGCCCCUGCUUUUGGCCAGCCAUCGGCCCCUGCGUUCGGCCAGAGUUCACUAGGAUUGGGGUCGGCUAAGCCUUCUCCAUGGGCCACGGGAACAACUGCUUCUGCAGCACCUGCCUUUGGACAGUCAGGUUUAGGCAGCUCGGCAGCCGCCGCCGGUAAGGUGUUCGGUAGCGGUGCUGCUCCACCAGCUGGUGGUUUUGCCAGUUUUGCCAGUAAGGGUGGCUUUGGGUCUCUGGGCGGUGCUUCUUCCGGAUCCAGCAUCUUCGGAUCAAAGCCUGCUGGCUCUGCCCCCGCCCCUGAAGUCUCAAUGGAUACACCUACAGCAUUCCCUCCGCCGGCUGCGAAGACGGACAGACCCGCUUUUGGGGCUUCUCCUUUUGUAUUGGGAAGUACAUUCAAGGCUGAUACCUCAAGUGCUGCUAGUGCCUUUGAAACUAAAAAGCCAGAAGGCAGCUCCAUGUUUGGAAGUGGGUUCAGCUCUGCCUUGGAAGCCCCAGCUUCCAAGGAUGAGGAUAUGGAUAGAGUAACGCCAGCGCCCGAGGAGAAGCCCAAGUCUGUAUUUGGUGACCUCGGAUCUACUACGCCAACAUCGACACCGGCCCCCUCGAAGUUCGGCUUCCAAACUGCUGGCGCCGAAGCUGCCAAAACGACCCUAUUUGCCCCGAAGGCCUCGGCUCCCACAUCUAGUAUCUUUGGAACUCCAGGACCUGCUUCGUCGGGGCUUUUUAAGCCAAAGCCGGAAACUGACCUCUUUGGUCAACCGAAGCCUGCUGCUAAUCCUUUUGGCGCACCGAAACCUGCCGCGGCAAAUGUAUUUGGGUCACCAAAACCUGCGGAAAAUCCUUUCGGAGCACCAAAGAUCAAGCAAGAGGAAAGUGAUAAAGAGAAUGUUAAGAGUGUUCCGGCGGCCCCUCUGCCGCCGGAUGCAACUAGUAAGGCCGACUUCUCUUUUAGCUCUUCAUCUUCAGGAUCAAACAACUCACAAGAAGCAGAUACCAAAGCUCCUGUGAAAGCAGAGGAGGCGCCACUCCCUCCGGAUUUCAUGAAACCAGGCCCCCCCUCGAAGGAAACAUCUAAGUCACCAGGAUUCAGUGAAAGCGAUACUGGGCGGAUGCCCCCCAACCUGCUUUCGAGCAAACCGAAGCCUGAGGUCUACGAUGCCAAACCACCUACCCCUGAGGAGGCCCCCUUGCCGCCUGACUUUAUCGGCAAGCCCGCCACCAAACUUCCGGAUGUCCCUGCUGUGCCAGAAAGCCCCGACGAGAGUGAACUAUCAGAAUGUGACGUGGAAGAUCAGACUCACGAACUUGAGGAAGGUGAGGUUGAUGAAGAAGAGGAAGAGUACGAUGAGGAAGAAUCGGAAGGCAGCGGCGUUGAUGUGACUAAGGAGUUCAGCCCGACAGCUGGCGGUUUUGAGAGUCACACUCCUGGCAUCACUCCCCAUGGGUCUUUUGAUGGUGGCAUGACUGGAAGUGCGUUCUCGACCAUUUCAAGAUCCGAGGCCAACCAAGGUCGCCCGCUCUUUGGCGAGAUCAACACGAGGAACGCCCCGUCGUUCCCCAAGCCGGUGCCGACAAGCCCUCGAUCGCCGAGUCCGAUGCGAGGUCCACCUCGGGCGAGCCUUCUUCGGCCUGGUCCCCCCGACACUCCUCGGUCCUUUGCGCCAGGUGUUGCGUCGGAUCUCUUGGGACGUCGCUCAGCACCCCCGGCUACCAGCCCGUUCGGUUCUGCUCCAGCUAGCCGGGCGCGGCCACAGGAGGUCGACCCUAACAUCAAAGCCCAGAUGAGGCUCGCGGCCAAGCGAGAAGAAGAAGCCAAGCAAGCCCUCGUAGAUCCGGAAGACGAGGGCAUCCAGCAACUUCUCCGCUCCAAAAUUGAGCCCACUCUGCAGAUUGACGAGUUCUUGGCGACGGACACAAGGCUCAAGGAAAUUGAGAAGCGCGGAGAGAACGAGAUCCCAGCUGCGUGCGAGGCUCUCUGGCGGGAUAUCAACCGCAUGAUUGAUCGCCUGGGCCUCAACUCCCGAGCGCUCCAGUCUUUCAUCCUCGGCCAUACCACCCUCCGCAAGGAGGACGGCCACGACCAGGACGAUCUCGAACACCCCGAUGACUGGGUCCUUGUCGAAGCUGAAGAUCUCGGUAAAAUAAUCGACAGCCAACUCUCCCGUCGCCUGGAAGAGGGCCGCAUUCAAGAGAUUGACCGCGUCGAAGAUGAGAUUUCUGGCCUGAUGCGGGACCUGACCAAGCUCCGCGCCAAAGAAGAAGACAUGCGCAAGAUCAUCAUGGCGCAUGUCGAUCCCGACCAGGUGAAUGUUGCCAAAUCUUUACCUCUUAGUGCGGAGCAGGCCGCGCAGCAGAAUGAGCUCAGACGAUCCUUCGCGACGUUUUCGGGGCUGUUGGCGGGAGCAGAAGAGGCAUUGACGCUGCUCAAGGCAAAGAUUGCUUCUGCAGGGGGUGCGAGCGGUAGAGCACCUGUUCCUACGGUGGAUGCCAUCUUGAGAACGAUUCAAAAGAUGACCAGCAUGGCGGAGAAGAGGAGCGGGGAUAUUGAUGUUUUGGAGAACCAGAUGAGGAGGUUGAGGUUGGGGACUCCGGCGAGGAGCAGGGAGGGGAGUCCGUUUGUUGGUGGAGGAGGGCCGGCCACGCCGACGCCGAAUAAUAGGAGGUCGUUGUUGAUGAGCCCCGGCAGGGGGGAGUCGCCUUUUGGGGCGUCGGUUAGGAUGGGAAGUGUUGGACCUGGCGGCGGUGGUGGGGCGGGGCCUAGUCCGAGGAAGAAGUUGAGUCAGUUUAGUGAGGAGGAGAAGAAGGUGCUGAGGGAGAGGGAGAGGAGGAGGAAGAAUGUGUUGGGGUUGUUGAGGGGGAGUUUGGAGAGGACGGGGGGGAAUGUUAGUCGGUUGAGGGAUGAUGAGUAG